AUGGUUUUCUCAUCAGUACCGACAAUCAAAGCAAAAGAAGAUGUGAGGAUUGUUGGUGGAGAAGACAUAGAUAUAACAGCAGCUCCGUAUCAAAUAUCACUAGUAAAAAAAGGUAGACAUACCUGUGGUGGAUCUAUUAUUGCUUUUGAUACAAUAUUAACAGCAGCACAUUGUGUUUUAAAUACCACUCCCCAAGAUUAUUCAGUCCGUGUUGGCUCAUCUUCUUACGAAAAAGGUGGAGAACUUUAUCCAGUUAAUGAUUUACUCUGGCAUCCGAAUUUCACUUAUACCAAAAUGGACAGUGAUGUAGCAUUACUCUUUCUUUCCAAACCAUUAACAUUUAAUGACGGCAUCGCUGCUAUCGAGUUGAUAAAUCACGACGAAGAAAUUGAAGACGGUGAAAUUACAAUGGUAUCUGGAUGGGGAAAUUUGCGCGAAAAUGGUGGCUACCCAACUAAACUACAAAUGGUUCUUGUACCCAAAGUGAAUUCAGAUGAAUGCAAUAAAGCUUAUUCGCCGAUGUAUAACAUAACAUCCACCAUGUUGUGCGCUGGAGUGCCCGAAGGUGGCAAAGAUGCGUGUCAGGGUGACAGCGGUGGUCCAAUGGUCCACAAUGGGAGAUUGGUUGGCGUUGUAUCGUGGGGCUUGGGCUGCGCUCGGCCGAACUUCCCGGGUGUCUACGCCAAGGUAUCUGCACUCAGACGCUGGAUCGAUCAAAGCAUCACAUAUUUACGUCGUAAACAUUUAUUUAGACCGUUUCCAUUUCUUGUAUUAGAUAAGCUAUUUAAAUUAUAG